AUGAAUCGUUUAGCCCAAGUUUCAAUAAUUUUACAGAAACAUAUUUUGGAAAUUAUAAAACAAGAAAAGACUUCUUGGAGUGAAUUAACUAAAACAUCUCUAAAAAAUUAUUUAAAUUCCUCUCAAAAUUCGGAAAAAAGUACUAUAGAAGAAAUAAACGAAAAAACAAUAUUUGAUAUAUACACGAAGAAAGUAAAUGAAAGUAAUUCGCAAAGAUUUGGAAACGAACUGUUUUCGAAAAAAGGAAAAAAUAAUAAAAUAGGAGGAUUAGGCUUUAUGACACCACAAGCAUCGCCAAUGAGAGUUUUUACGAAUAGCUUGGGAUGUAAAGAUGUUGGGGAAUGUUCUUCUAAAAAUAAUGAACAAAAGAGAUAUAGCUUUAGCUUUGCUUCUCCCAUCAAAAGUUUUGUUGCAUCCCCACGUCGUUUUUUUAGUCAGAAGAAGGAUUCGUUUUCUAAAUCAGGAAAGAGGUAA